AUUCAGAGUGUCGAAUGCUUUCAGAUUUAAAAAUGCGGAUGCCUUAUUUCGGUUUUUGUGUUUUUUUCCCCAAGUUUUACACUCUCAGAUGAAUCAUUAGAGAACGAUUUUGCGGGUUGAUUCUUUGGGUGCAUAGUUUUACUUUUAUUAAGCUAUCUAAGUUGGCUGGUGCUUUUUUAUUAUGUUUUUAGCCCACCUCUUAUUUGAUUUUUCAUUACUUUAUUCCUUGAAAGAAAAAAAAAAGAUAGUACUCUAUUAGUGAUCUUCAUGUUCUGCUAAUAUGCCAGUUUCUUUUGUAAAAUAUCGGUGCUACUUUGAAAAGUGCAAUUUGUAGUAGUAUAUUUCUUCUGUUAUUUAGCAUUUUACACUUACUUUUAGUAUUUUUUUAGUAAUGAUGUCUGAAGGAAGAAAAAGUUCAUUAUAUUGAAAGUGUUCUAAAAUUGGGAUUAAGGGAGUUUUUCAGUUAUAAAUGUGGUGUUUUUGCUGUUUUAUUGUCAGAAAAGAUUUACAACAGAAGUUUUAUAAAGUUGGGCCUCAAGGUUUGGUUUACCUAUUUUUGUAAUGUGCAUUUGUAGCUUUCUUGUGUGGUUAUACUUUAGUCUUUCAUUUUAGUGAAGUUAUAAAAUGUGUUUGUGUGUGUGUCUGUCACUCUGUUGUGUUAGGCCAAAAAAUUACUUCAGUUCGAGCAUUAUAAUAUGGACUCAGUUUUGAUUCAAGUCAUUAUAUUGUAGGGCCUGUUUUGAUGGAGUGCAAGUAUUAUUUUGUCACUGCAUAAAUAGAGUGUACUGACUGAUUUUUUUAUAUGUUGAAGAAAUAUAUUAUUUCCAUGUUCUUGUGCUUGCCAAUAGGUUGCUUUAGUUCUCCUUAGUCAUUAUAGUUUUUGUUAUUGUGGGAUAAUAGCUAGUGUAUCAUAUCUUUUUUUUUUUUUUUUAAGUUAAGAUAGAAAAUUCAGUGAGUUAGCUUUAAAGUGUCUUAUGUGUUUUAGUUUCUCAUGUGCUUGAGCAAUUGUAUGUUAUACGCUAUGCAUAUUAAUCAGUAGCUUAUCUCAUUCUUGUGAUGUCAUAGGAAGUUUUAAUCAUAAAGAUGAGUCGGCAAGUUUAAUAAAAGUAAUGUGCUUAGUACCUUUCGUUUUGAUAAGUAAGGUGCACCUUAGUACUUUUUUAAUCCUAAUUUUCUUCAUCUGAUUUUUAUUUAAUCCAAGGUUAUGGCACCAAGUAAGCAUUGGACGCCACUUGUUGAUAAUUGACUUGAUGAAACCUACUUAAUCGAUGGUGCAAAAGUUUUUGGUUUAUGCUUUUAGAAGAACAGGAAAAUUGUAUCAAAUACGAUGGCCAUAUGUCAAAUGUUAUAACACAACAUUAGGAACACGCAAGACAGUGGAGACACAUUUGAAAGUAUAUGGAAUAAUUCAAAAUUAUACCUUUUGGUAUCACCAUGGAGAAAUUUUGGGUUUAAUAUGAAACCAUCAAAGACCGAAAAUGCGGUGACAUCUACUUUGAAAGCUACUACCAAAUAUGCAUUUGUUGCACCAGGUGCUAUAGGGAAGGGGCGAGAGUCACUGCCAAUUUCUUCUUUCCAGGAGCUUCCAUAUGAUCAACUUAUGCAGGAGUUGGAUGUCACGAAUGUGCAUGAACUUGAAGAUUUUCUCAUAAAUGAGUGCAUGUAUGUGGGUAUAGUUAGAGGAAAGCUGGAUCAGUUGAAAAGAUGUUUUGAGGUACUAUUUGCUGCAGGGAGGGACCUCAGACCUGGUCAAUUGGGGAAUAUGCUACAGACAUUAACUGAUUGGUUGACUACAUCAGACAAUCUUCUUAUCUCAAUUCUAGAGAAAAUCAAAUGGGCAGAUACAAUGAGUGAAUCGGACAAGAAGCAUCGGAAGGAAGUUGAAGAAAGGGUCGACAAAGUGAAGAAGUCACUCUCUUCGAAGGAUUCUCACGACCCUGCCUAUGAAUUAACGCAAAAGCAAUAGGAAAUCAAGACACGAAAUGUUUAUCUUUGGUCCCUCUACUACAGUUCCAAAGCUCUUCCCUUUAAAUUCAUUGACGGGUCAAGACUUCUUCAGUGUUACUUUGAAGAGGUUGCUUCAACUUCGUACUGAAAUGAAAGUUUCAAGUUUUGUAGCAAAACACAAUGACGGGAAACUAUUUUUAAGUCUAAUUCUAUGAUCUAAUUGGUGAUAAUUGCUGAGACAAAUUCAAGUGUUGGUUUUACAAAGUACUAAUUAACAAGAUGUGUUCAGUUUUCGUGUAUUGCUGAAGAAAGUGAU